CACCGAAUCCCUUGCCAGUUGAUAAAGUCUUCAAUCAGUAUAAGAAGGUGAGAAGCAAAACAACAAAUACGAAUAAGCUUCGGACAGAAAAAGAUGACCAAAUGUGGAACUCAAAACAAUGACAAUGUGCUCAGAAGCGACGGAAAGUCGGAUCGACUUUUCAGAGAAGCCAGGACAGCCUCUGUUCGUAGCGCUGAUUCUCUUGACAUGAGUCAAGAUCAAGUGCAGGUACCUAGCUCUGUAGAUACGUUGCUGUGGGAGCGGAUGAGUACUGGAAGACAUUAUGCAGCACCUUGCUUACAUGGAGGUUCCUUUUCUUUCUGUCAAUCUGAUUGAUCGAUACUGCUCGAGGAAGCAGAUUGGCCAAGAAUACUACUUGUUGCUUGGGAGUGCCGCGCUCUGGAUUGCUUCCAAAUAUGGCGACAAAGCCUACCAAGUGAAGAGUUUCAAGCACCCUUCGGCCAAAGAGAUAAGCGAACUGUGCGAUGGCAUCUUUGAUGAACGUAUGAUAGCUCAGAUGGAGAGAUCAAUCCUGUGUACCUUAGAUUGGGUACUGGGUCAUCCAACAACUGACCAAGGUAUCAAGUUCUUGCUGGUAGGAGAGCCUGGAAAUAAGGAACUCGCUAGUAUGGCAGCUUAUUUGUCUGAAAUAUCGCUUUACCAUCGAGAGUUUGUUGGAGUCAAGCCUUCUGUUAUUGCCGAAUCAUGCUGCAUGCUCGCCAAGAUUAUCCUAUACGGAAGCCUAUCCAUAGGGGAUAAUACAGAGGCUGUGGUGAUGGAAACUUUGAAUUCUCUCUGGAAACACGUUUACCAACCUCCACCAGCUAUUGCCAAGAAGUAUUCAAGGCAGAAACGACACUAUGUAGCGCAGAUAGUGUUUAGCCGCCUGGCAGAUUCAACAGGGCAUGCA